CCGUCCUGAAGGCGGUUGUUGCGAUGAAGGACAGUGCCACAGACGCGGCGGCGGGAGGUGACGGCAAGCGUGGAGGUCAUGACGUGUCCUUCUGCGUGGACAUGGACAUAGAUCGAGACAUUGACGGCCUUUGGUUCCCUGCACGGAUCCUUGUGGACCAUGGCGAUGACACAUACGACGUCGAGUACGACGAAGACCACAAGGUCGAAGAACACAUCCCUGCCUCCGAAUUGAGGCGACGAGACGAAGAUCGAGAGAACCAGGGACCGCCGCCACGAUGUUACACGAGCCACGGACGCACAGACGACCUCCUCCUUCGGGACUCGUCGUUGCUCAUGCAGUCCGACUACGACCCGAACAAAGCCCCCACUGUCGUCGUUCACAACAAGGGCGAGGCCACAGCAGCCAACGGCUACAUCAUCAACGGCAUUGAGACGAAUGUAGCCGCUGGCAACGGUCUCCGUGGGAUUCGGUGGUUAAGGGUCAAUACAUGAUGUGUUUUACAGUUAGUAUUCUAUCACGGUUAAUAAUACAUGUUAACUAGUUAAGCCAAAUUACAAA